GCAGGUGGUGCACGCGAUGGACCUGCGGCAGCGGGGCAGCGUGGACAUGGUGGAGUGGAUCCACUACUGGGCCCUCGAGAGGGACCAGUGCUCCUACCACCAGGGCAGGGAGCUCAACGAGAAGCUGAAGGAGGCCCUGCUGAGGGACGACAAGAUGCACUUCGAGACGGCUCUGAGGGAGGACGCCCUGGACCCCGAGCAGAACCCGCCGGGCGGCGCAGGCGACCGCAGGCAGGAGAUGGACGGCCUGUCCCUCGCUGGGCUGAUCCGGGCCUGCCGGCGGAUCCUGAGGAGCAGCCCUGGCGGUGCAGGAGAUUCUGACUUCGCGGAGGCGCGCUGGGCCUCGGAGGUGCUCUGCAAGCAGCGGAGCCGAAGCGACGACAUGGACGACGACGUGUGCCUGAGCUACUUCGACUUCCUGAACGUGAUGCUCGGCAGGAAACAGUUCCCGGUCUCGCUGUGGAUGUACGACAUAUCCAACGGCUACGCCAGGGCCUGGUCCUGGCUGCUGCUGGGUCAGUCGAUGGAGGGCGUCUGGCACUCGGCGGUGACCGUGGACUGGCCGCACAGGAGUGCGGAGUUUUGGUUUGGCGGAAGCCUCUUCCAGUCGGUGCCAGGUACCACGCCCUUCGGCCAGCCAGUCGAGAGGAGGGUACUCGGCUACACCUACAAGCUCGAGCGGGAGGUCUGGGACCACCUGAGCCGACACCUGGCGACCGAGUUCACCACGGAGAAGUACGACGUCCUGACCCACAACUGCAACCACUUCUGCGACAAGCUCGCCCUCUUCCUGUGCAACGGCCACAUCCCCCCAGAGGCUUGCGCGCCGCUCCCCGCCGAGGCGCCGAAGGCCAUCGCGGCCAAGCCGCUCGUUCGGAUGCUCCGGCCGCUACUGAACAGGUGGCUGGGCAACUUCGAUGCCGCCAGCGGCCGGCAGACGACUGACGGCGGCAGGGCCGGUCGGGAGCUCUGGGAGGACGUGUGGCCCGGGGCCGUGGUCGAAUUCUCGCUGGUGGAGCUCGGCAGGCCCAUGGUCGGGCAGGUGACGAGAACCACCACCACUCAGUGCACCCUGCGCUGCCUGGAGUUCUGGACUGGCGCUGCUACCUACAGGACCGUGCCCAGCGCCCUGGUCAUCCGAGUCCUCCAGCGGGCGCCCACGAACGGCCUCCGGCAGAGGCAGCCCACGUCGAGCUUCGGGUGCGGCCUGGCGGGCUGCUCGCGCGGGUGCGUGCCCGCGCGGCAGGGCCUGCUCUCCGCGAUCCGCCGCGGCCCCGCGGGCGCGGACCGCCGGGCCCCGCCGGCGGAGGUUGCCAGCUUGGCAGUCAGCGAGGCAGCCAGCUUAGCUGCCGACGAGGCAGCCAACAAGGCAGCCAGGAAGGCAGCCAACGAGGCAGCUGCCGAGGAAGGGGGGAAAGUAUAG